UGUGGGUUUCAGAGCUUGUCGGGAGUUGUGAGUCAUUCCAUGGAGGUCUCGUUGUGCGCCCUGGUGUACGGGGCUCUGUCUCCGGCCAAACGGUGCCGUGUGUCUGGGUGUGGUGAGUGUAGGUGUGUACCACACGGUGCAGACCGUUGUGUGUCAGUGUGUCUUUAUCCAUGAGGAUGGAUGCCUCUUCUUUGCUCUGCCCCAAGACACACCCCAGCCCCUCCUUAGUCUGGAGAGGAGGGUUGGGGAGCCUCCCCCCACCCCGGAGCCUCUCCCGCCCCUCCCCGGCCCUGCCCAGCCGUCACCACUCCCCAGAGGGCACAGGACUCCGCUGUGCCUCAGAGCAAAAGCCCCAGAGCGAGCAGAGUGGCCGGCGACCUGCAAGCCACAGUGGCUGCCCUUUGUGUGCUGCGAGGUGGGGGACCCUGGGCAGGAAGCUGGCUGAGCCCCAAGACCCCCGGGGCCAUGGGCGGGGAGUUGGUGACUGGCCUGGGGGCCCUGCGGCGGAGAAAGCGCUUGCUGGAGCAGGAGAAGUGGCUGGCGGGCUGGGCGCUGGCGCUGGCGGGACUCGGCAUCGGACUCAUGGUGCUGCACGCGGAGAUGCUGUGGUUCGGGGGGUGUCCGCUGUUCAUGACCGACAACGGGCUCCGGGACUGGCGCGUGGCGCUGACCGGGCGGCAGGCGGCGCAGAUCGUGCUGGAGCUGGCGGUGUGCGGGCUGCACCCGGCUCCCGUGCGAGGCCCGCCGUGCGCGCAGUGGGCCGGGGCGCCGCCGACCGCCGCGCACACCUGGCCCAACUUCCUGGGCCAGGGGGAGGCGCUGCUGUCGCUGGCCAUGCUGCUGCGCCUCUACCUGGUGCCCCGCGCCGUGCUUCUGCGCAGCGGGGUCCUGCUCAACGCUUCGUACCGCAGCAUCGGCGCUCUCAACCAGGUCCGCUUCCGCCACUGGUUCGUGGCCAAGCUGUACAUGAACACGCACCCCGGCCGCCUGCUGCUCGGUCUCACGCUUGGCCUCUGGCUCACCACUGCCUGGGUGCUGUCGGUGGCCGAGAGGGGGUCUGCUGUACAGCCCUGCUGGUGGCUGUGGUGGCCCGAAAGCUGGAAUUCAACAAGGCAGAGAAGCACGUGCACAACUUCAUGAUGGACAUCCAGUACGCCAAAGAGAUGAAGGAGUCUGCUGCCCGAGUGCUACAAGAGGCCUGGAUGUUCUACAAGCACACACGCAGGAAGGACUCGGGAGCUGCCCGCAGGCACCAGCGCAGGCUGCUGGCCGCCAUCAACACGUUCCGCCAGGUGCGGCUGAAACACCGAAAGCUCCGAGAGCAAGUGAACUCCAUGGUGGACAUCUCCAAGAUGCACAUGAUCCUGUGUGACUUGCAGCUGGGUCUGAGCAGUUCACACCGGGCCCUGGAGAAGCGGAUCGAUGCACUGGCAGGGAAGCUGGAUGCCUUGACGGAGCUGCUUAGCUCCGCCCUGGGGCCACGACAGCUUGCAGAACCCAGCCAGGAGGCCACGUAGCUGAAUCCACAGAUGAGGAACGGGCUGCUUUCCCCAGGACUGAGGUCUAGGACAUCCUCCCUGCCACUCCUGAACCAGGUCCAUGAAUAAAGUACCUCCAAUGCAAGGACCAAAGGAGACCUCACCUUGGAGUGGGUGGACUAACUGAUGGCUGCUGGAGGGGACACUGGCUGAAGGGGAGAAGGCUUGGCCUACCCAAGGCCCCAGAUGGGAACAUGGUCAUGGUCACCCCACAUGACUCAUUUUUUAAAACAUUUUCACUAUGCUGCUACAGAUGACCUCCGGCUUCCAGUCAGAAGUGGAGGUGCUGAGGCCAGACUCCUAGGUCCCCAGAGAGGAGGGGACUGGGGUCAGGAGUCCAGGACCCUUGAAAGCUUCGGCUACCGCUGGACGGGCUGAAGGUACUGAGUCCAAGGCUGGGGCCAGGAAGAAGGCAGCGCCCCCUGGCGGGACAGGUGGAGGACACCGUUUUUCCAGAUCUGCAGAGGCUAAUCUGGUGGUGGGAGGGAGUGCAUCUCACCAGUCUCUGUUCUUAUACUUUGUAAUAAAUGUUAAACA